UCUACAGAAUCUGUACCGCGCGUUGCGUCGCGUCGCGUCGCUCUGACUGCAGCUCGGCUCCGCCCGCGGCGCGGGGAGUGUCUCUGUGGGCGGGUUCGCGCGCGCUGCUGAUGUGAGAACGCAGGUGACGCGGCGCUCAGCAGCUCCCAUCCGAAGACGCGCAGGAUCGAGACGCGUUGCGCUCUGACGGAUACUGGACAUUAUUCCGUACUGAGAUUCCAGAGAAAAGCGCAGGAAUUUGGCAAGAAGGAGAGACGGAGACGCAGGGAGAGCAUUGCGAAGGUCCGGAGAAUGCCAGAGUCCGGAGGCCAGUAGAACGUUCCUGCUGUGAUUCCUCAUGUAGGAUAAGGCAAUUCGGAUGAACAUGGACAAGUGAACCGCAGGUAAAGACUCAAACAUGACCGUCACCUGUGGUCCACAGGACGCAAGAUAGCUGCAUCACGCUUCUCCGUCCCCUUUAGAAACAUCGGCCCGAAGGAAAGCUCAUUGCCGAGAAUCGCAGUGCUUUGAAAUCACAAUUGGAAGCCUUUCAGAGAAAACUUAAAUUGGCAACCAAGCUGGGGAUAAAAAGCAGAAAUUCCCAUCUAUCCCUCGUCACCCCCCUGCCUGUGCCUGACGCACCGACCAAUGGAGAGACUACGGAUAGAGUCUGGAUAAAGUGGAGACAGGCCAAGAAAGAGAAAGAAAGCGAGUGAACGGUCGGCCCGUCUGGCAGCAGGUGCCUGUGCUGAUCCGGCAGCGCUGGGAAUUCAGCUCGUCCGCGAUCGUUUCCAUCUCUCAGGCGAAGCCAACGAGACACUCUGCACUCCGAGACCGCUAUCUCAGCCUCUGCCGAGAGCAGGUUUUUGAGCUCGUGUCGUGAGGGCGGGUGAAAUGAAGUCACGGUGUCGGUCCGCUCUCUGGCCCCUGUGGCCGAUGCUGUUAGCCGGAUUCUUUCUGUCGGCGGGGGCCCUGGAGUUCGGCGGCGCCCUGGGCCAGUGGGCGCGUUACGCCCGCUGGGAGGCCGGCUCGAUCGGCGAGCUCAGCUUUAGCCUGAAGACCAACGUGAGCAAGGCGCUGGUUCUUUACCUCGACGAUGGCGGGAACUGUGACUUCUUGGAGCUGCUCGUCGGCGGCGGACACCUGCAGCUGCGAUUCGCCAUCCACUGCGCCGAACCGGCCUCCCUGCAGAUGGAGACCCGCGUCAACGACGACCGCUGGCACAUGGUUCUGCUCACCCGAAACUAUCGCGAGACCAUGCUGAUGGUGGACGGGGAGACCAAAGUGGCGGAAGUCCGUUCCAAGCGCAAAGAAAUGGCCGUCGUCAGCGACCUUUUCGUGGGGGGCAUCCCGCCGGACGUACGUCUGUCCGCCCUCACGUCCAGCACGGUGAAAUACGAGCCUCCGUUCAUGGGUUUGAUCUCCAAUCUGAAGGUGGGCGAGAUGCCUCCCACUCUUCUCAACAGCAACGGCAUUCAUAACGAUCUGGAGUAUCUGUGCGUCAAGCAGAACCCCUGCCUCAACGGAGGAUACUGCACCGUCCAGUUCGGCGAGGUCCACUGCGACUGCUCUCACACGCGCUUCCGAGGGAAGUACUGCAAAGAAGAAGAGUACGCCGUGGAAGGUCUGGCGCACCUGACGUUAAACAGCCAAGGUGACUCGUCUCAAGUGGGGAAAGAAGAAUCGGUCGCUACCUUCAAGGGGAACGAGUUCUUCUGUUACGAUCUGUCCAUGACUCCCAUCCAAAGCAGCACGGACGAGAUCACGCUGUCCUUCCGAACGCUCCAGCGCAACGGUCUGAUGCUCCACACCGGGAAAUCCGCAGACUACGUCAACCUGUCGCUGAAGAGCGGCGCCGUGUGGCUCGUCAUCAACCUGGGCUCCGGCGCGUUCGAGGCGCUCGUGGAACCGGUGAACGGGAAGUUUAACGACAACGCUUGGCACGAUGUUAAAGUCACGCGAAACCUGCGACAGCACUCAGGCAUUGGACACGCUAUGGUCACUAUCUCGGUGGACGGUAUUCUGACCACCACCGGUUACACGCAGGAGGAUUACACCAUGCUGGGAUCCGAUGACUUCUUCUACAUCGGAGGAAGCCCGAACACGGCCGACCUGCCCGGAUCUCCUGUCAGCAACAACUUCAUGGGCUGCCUGAAAGAUGUGGUCUACAAGAACAACGACUUCAAGCUGGAGCUGUCGCGUCUGGCCAUCGAGAGAGACCCUAAGAUCAGUCUGCACGGGGACCUGGUGUUCCGCUGCGAGGACGUGGCGGCCCUCGACCCCGUGACCUUCGAGACGCCCGAGUCCUACAUCGCCCUGCCGCGCUGGGACACCAAGAAGACCAGCUCCAUCUCCUUCGACUUCCGCACCACCGAGCCCAGCGGCCUGCUGCUGUUCAGCCACGGCAAACCGCAGAGCAGCAAAGAGCAGCGGCCGGGCCGCGAGAUGAAGACCGACUACUUCGCCAUGGAGCUGCUGGACGGCUUUCUCUACCUGCUGAUGGACAUGGGCUCCGGGAGCAUCAAACUCAAGACCAGCAACAAGAAGGUGAACGACGGCGAGUGGUGCCACGUGGACUUCCAGAGAGAAGGGCGGAGAGGCUCCAUCUCCGUCAACAGCCGCUCCAUUCCCUUCAGCUCCAACGAGGGCAGCGAGAUCCUGGACCUGGACAGCGACAUGUACCUGGGCGGUUUACCCGAGAGCCGGCAGGGCCUGAUCCUGCCGCCCGAGGUCUGGACCGCGCUGCUCAACUACGGCUACGUGGGCUGCGUCCGCGACCUCUUCAUCGACGGCAAGAGUCGAGACGUGCGCCGUCUGGCCGAGAUCCAGAGCGCGCCGGGCGUCAGCAGCUUCUGCACGCGGGAGCUCCAGAAGAGGUGCAGCAGCGCCCCCUGCGCCAACGGAGGACAGUGCAAGGAGGGCUGGAACCGCUACAUAUGCGACUGCACCGGCACCGGGUACCUGGGCAGCAACUGCGAGAUCGAAGCGACGGUGUUGAGUUACGACGGCAGCAUGUAUCUGAAGAUCAUCAUGCCCAGCACCAUGCACACGGAGGCCGAGGACGUGGCGCUGCGUUUCAUGUCCCAGCGGGCGUACGGGCUGCUCAUGGCCACCACCUCCAAAGAGUCGGCCGACACGCUGCGGCUGGAGCUGGAUGGAGGACGGGUCAAACUCACGGUCAACCUCGACUGUAUCAGGAUAGACUGUAACCUCAGUAAAGGUCCAGAGAUCCUGACGGCCGGUCAGAAACUCAACGAUAACGAGUGGCACUCGGUUAAAGUGGUCCGGCGCGGGAGGAACCUGCAGCUGUCUGUGGACAACGUUACAGUGGAAGGUCAGAUGACGGGAGAUCACACGCGCCUGGAGUUCCACAACAUCGAGACGGGCAUCAUGACGGAGCGCAGGUUCAUCUCCGUGGUGCCGUCCAACUUCAUCGGGCACCUGCAGGGCCUGACGCUGAACGGCGUGCCGUAUCUGGACCAGUGUAAGAACGGCGACAUCUCGUACUGCGAGCUGAACGCCCGCUUCGGCAUGCGCCACAUCAUCGCCGACCCCGUGACCUUCCGCAAUAAAGGCAGCUACCUGGCGCUGGCGACGCUGCAGGCGUACGCGUCCAUGCACCUGUUCUUCCAGUUCAAGACCACGUCCACCGACGGCCUGCUGCUCUUCAACAGCGGCGACGGCAGCGACUUCAUCGUGGUGGAGCUGGUCAAAGGAUACGUCCACUAUGUGUUUGAUCUGGGGAACGGCCCGUCUCUCAUGAAGGGAAACUCGGAGAAGCCGCUCAACGACAAUCAGUGGCACAACGUGGUGGUGUCACGCGACACUAAUAACGUGCACACGCUCAAGAUCGACUCUCGCACCGUGACGCAGCACUCUAAUGGCGCCAGGAACCUGGACCUCAAAGGAGAGCUGUAUAUCGGUGGAGUAGCCAAGAGCAUGUACAACAGCCUGCCGAAACUGAUCGCGUCCCGGGACGGCUACCAGGGCUGCCUGGCCUCCGUGGACCUGAACGGCCGGCUACCAGACCUGCUCGCAGACGCCCUCCACAGGGUCGGCCAGGUGGAUCGAGGAUGCGACGGACCCAGCACCACCUGUACGGAGGACUCGUGUCAUCAUCAGGGGGUGUGUCUGCAGCAGUGGGAGGGCUUCUCUUGCGACUGCACCAUGACGUCCUACGGGGGCUCGUACUGCAGCGAUCCUGGGACUACCUACAUCUUCGGCCGUGGAGGAGCCCUCAUCACGUACACGUGGCCCCCGAACGACCGGCCGAGCACGCGGGCGGACCGGCUGGCCGUGGGCUUCAGCACUCAGCUGAAGGAGGCCGUUCUCGUGCGUGUGGAGAGCGCCAAGGGUCUCGGAGACUACCUGGAGCUUCACAUAGAGCGCGGGAGGGUCGGCGUGAUCUUUAACGUGGGGACGGACGACAUCAUCAUCGAGGAGAGCGGCGUGAUGGUCAGUGACGGGAAGUAUCAUGUGGUCAGAUUCACGCGGAGCGGCGGGAACGCCACACUACAGGUGGACAAUCUGCCCGUGCUCGAGCGCUUCCCGUCAGGGAGCUUUGAUAGUGAACGGCUGGCUAUUGCUAGGCAAAGAAUCCCGUACCGACUCGGUCGGGUAGUUGACGAAUGGCUACUCGACAAAGGUCGGCAGCUGACGAUCUUUAACAGCCAGGCGUUCAUUAAGGUGGGCGGUGGCGAGAAGGGUCGUAACUUCCAGGGUCAGAUCUCGGGUCUGUACUAUAACGGCCUGCAGGUGCUGAAGCUGGCGGCGGAGGGCGACCCCAACGUUCAGGUGCAGGGGAACCUGCGCCUGGUGGGCGACGUGCCGUCCGUCAUGAGCACCGACACCACGUCCACCACGCCGCUCGCAGACAUGUCCACCACCAUCAUGGAGACCACCACCACCAUGGCCACCACCACCACCCGCAAACAACGCUCGCCCACCAUGAGAGACAGCGUCACGCAGAAUACUGACGAUCUGUUAGUAGCGUCAGCAGAAUGUCCGAGUGAUGAUGAAGAUCUCGAGGAGUGUGAGCCUGGAAACGGAGGUGAACUAGUGUUGCCAAUUAUAACUGUGGAUUCCCUUGACCCCCCGUCCAUUGUGACGCGUUACCCCGUUAUCCCCCCGCCCCCGACCUAUCGCCCCUUCCUCACCUUGCUCGAGACCACCAAAGAGUCUCUCCCCUUGCCCGGCCGGCCCCCCUGUCCGCUGGACCAGGAGGACUGCGAAGAGCCCGCGGAGGUGUCGGCCUACGGCUCGGGCGAGAUGACGGAGUCCGACGACGAGGACUACUAUAAAAACUCGGCCCUCGUCACCGACCGGACCGUACUGCCCCCUCCCCCCGCGGCCGGGAACCCCCGGGGCGACCGGCCCUUCGCCCGCUUGCCCGACUCCCACCGGCCGCCGCCGCCGUUCACCCCCACGGCGCCGCCGGCGGCCCGGCUCAAACCCGGCAUCAACGGCGGCCCCCACAUCCCCGCGGGCAAAAUGAACACCCGCGACCAGGUGCUGCUGCCGCCCGCGCAGCCGUCGGGCGAGCCCGAGCACGGCGGGCGGCAUCGACACGUGCCGGGUAUAACGUAUCCCCCCAAUUUCCCCCAUGUGCCCACUACAGACCCCUCGUCGCCGGACCGAGGGCCUCCGGGAGCGGUGGAGGUGAUCCGCGAGUCCAGCAGCACGACGGGCAUGGUGGUGGGCAUCGUGGCCGCGGCCGCCCUCUGCAUCCUCAUCCUGCUCUACGCCAUGUACAAGUACCGCAACCGCGACGAGGGCUCCUACCAGGUAGACCAGAGUCGCAACUACAUCAGCAAUUCGGCCACGCAGAGCAACGGCGCCCUGGUGAAGGAGAAGCAGCCCGGCGCGGCCAAGACCGGCACGAAGAGCAAGAAGAACAAAGACAAGGAGUACUACGUCUGAGCGCGGCCUCCGGAGGGACCCGGGCGGAAGCGAGGGGGAGAAGGAGAGAGAGAGAUAGGACGAGGAAUGGAAAGGGAGGUCCGGGUAUUUGUCGCCAGUUUACCGGUCACAUUUAGAGCUCCGACAUCGGUCUUCUUUCGUUUCCCGUCUCGUCUAGCCGUCGGCCUCAUUUCCAGCGAGAGCUAAAGAGUUGGAAAGCGUCCAGGCUUUGGAAUCUCAUCCCCUCCCUCGUGUCCAUUUUUGAUAGCUAAUCCCCGAAACUCUGCGAGACUUUUGUAUUGAAGAAAAGUGAUUUUUUUUUUUUUCCCCGUCACGUGUCACUCGACGCUCUAGUUCUAGUUUUAUUGUAAAUACGACGCGCGUCCUCGAUAUUCAGAUCGUCUCCCGACCCGCGUGCGGGCGAUCCGAUCGGUCGAGAAUCGUUUGGGAACGCGAGCGUGGCGCAGGAGACGUCUGAGGAGCAGACGGUGCCGAUAACGUUUAGCAGUCGCACGCUCCUCCGUAAUACUGCCAAACCAGCUCUGUGUCAAAUCCGUCUCCCUCUCUUUCCAAGCGCUUCACGUUUCCAUCCUCCGCUCCCUUCAUCCCUCUCUUUCUCUCUUUCCCCGCACCCUUUCUUGGCUUGUUCUCUCUUUUUCUCCUUGUCCUUGGUGCUCAGGAGCAGAUGCAACGUAAUUCUGUUGUGUUUCCAGCAUGUGGUAUUCAAAAUGAAAAGAGACAAAAACUGUUUCUGUGGAGUCAAACAAAUUUAUAUAUAAAUAUAUAUAUAUAUCUCAAUAAUAUAUAUCGAACCGUUACAACUAGCGAAACUGUGGACGAUCCCUUCGGCCGGAGGCCCGCGCUCACCCCGCGUUCCAGCAAAUAUUCGUCGUGUGUUUUCGGGGUUCCGCAGGGCUCCGUCCUGGGCCCGCCGAGGAUCUCGGUUUCUGCUCCACAUUCAAGAACCUGAAACCCCCAACAGCAAAUCGAAAUAUUCACACACAGAUCUUUGAAAAGACAAAGGGACACAAGUGACCGAAAGUCUGACACGAUCGAUCGAGACCCACGUCACAUCAACAAACCGUAUCAGUGGAAAACAGCAGAGCAGGAUGCUAGGAUGUUUUUCGUUUUCUAUGUGCGUGUGCGUGCUUUCUUUUUUAUUUCGUCACGUCCGAGGGAAAAGACAAUAACGUUCCAGUUAACGUACGUCCCGCGUAGGGAACGUGGACUCUCCUGCGUCUCUCGGGAGGAAAGUAGGUAUGAACUUUGCGCGUUCGACCGAACGAACUCUCUUGAAAGAAAGACGAAACGGCCCGUUCCUUGGAAGGUGUACAUCUUGAACUCUAGUAUUCUAAUUUUCUCAACUCUAUUAAAAGAACUAAACUCUACAUUGAAAAGAAAAUGUUUAAAACAGUUUGUGAAAUGUCUAAAUAUUUGAACCUCAUCCCAGUGCUAAAAGAGAUGUGUUUUUCCUAAUUAUCAUCCCUAAGAACAAAAAAAAAAAUGAGAUGCAAAGAUGGGUGAAUUCCGGAAAGAAGACGCUCCUUUGAAUAUUAAACGGCAAAAUGUGAUUUGGUUUACAAGAGAACAUUACCUUUACCAGGCGGGACAGAAUCUCCUUGUAUCCAGGAGACUUUGAUCGCCGACUCCAUCCUCCGUUGGCACCAUGUCGCUCGCUUUACCCAGCGCGUGGAGGGCUGCUCAUACUCCAUACUCACUCGACGAGGACCAGACGUCAUCAUCAUCAUCAUCACGACCGUUUGAUUUCACUCUUCCAUCGUCGUGUGUCUGCGUGAGCGGCGUUUGUCUGUGUGAAUGUUUCCAUUCUUUCCGUUCCUGUUCAGGUUUGUCGGUUGCGUUUCUCCUCAGCUCCCUUGUUCUUUCUAAAUGUUAUUGUAGAGUGUUCCAGUGAGAUGAAUCUGCAUACGUGUAUAUUAACAGAAGGGAAUACAAUUGGUUAUAUACUUCUUA